GGCACGCUGUUUGGUGCUGCGCUCUUCGCGGCUGGAGUCUUUGCGCCUAGCACAAUCAUCGCGCAGAUGAGGCUGGACGACUAUACCAUGGUCAGAGCAAUGCUCGGUGCAAGUGCUACAAGCGCCCUAGUCGUCCACCUAGCCGACUCUACGAAACUCGCAGCAAUGAAACCUCGCACUCCCCAAUCUAUUGGCUUCUUCCCUUACGACGGCAACAUCAUUGGCGGCAGUAUGAUCGGAGUAGGCAUGGCGUUGACCGGUGCUUGUCCUGGUACCGUUUUCGUUCAAGCGGGCGCGGGCCUUCCCAGCGGCAUGUACGUUCUUGGUGGUGGCAUCCUCGGCGGACUGCUUUUCGUCUCUGCUCAACCCAGCAUCGCAAGACUUCGUGAAAGCAGAGGAAGCAGCAAGGUAAAGUCGGAGCUGACUAUCCCGAAGAGCUUCGGCGUAAGUCCAUGGGUCGUUCUUGCCAUGUGGGAGAUUAUGUGCUUCGGCAUGCUGCAGCUCCUUUCCGAUCUCAAGGGCCCUGCCACAGGAACACAAGGUGUUGUGUCACCUGUUUUCGGAGGUCUUCUCAUCGGCGCCGCACAAGCUUGUGCCGUCGCUCUGACUCGCCACACUGUCGGUACUUCUGGUGGGUUCGAAGAUGUUGGUCGCUGGCUGCGCAACGUGAUUUCUGGCGAUCCAUCGAAGGGUCCCAUCACUGCAUCUGUCUUGUUCGACUCUGGCAUUGUUUCUGCAAGCGCCUUACUUGCCCGCUUCUUGCUGCCUGCUGCUUCCGCACAAGCAUCGUCGCAUCUGGUAUCGCGAUCCACUGCAGUAAUCGGCGGCGUGGUCAUGGCUUUCGGUUCGAGAUUGGCAGGCGGUUGCACAUCGGGACAUGGCAUAAGCGGUCUUGCAACGUUCUCGUGGGCCAGCCUGGUCUCGGUCGGUAGCAUGUUCGCUGCUGGUGUCUUGACUGCCACCUUG